AUGGCAGAUGGAAGGGCGUGCGUGACAUGUGAAAGACGAGGACGGGAAGCUGCCUGCAAGAGUACUGUGGACUGUGGUAGAAUAGAUGCCCAGGCGGGCGACGUCGGCGGCUGGCCAUGUGACGGCGCCCUCUCUCAGCUACUGUCGUUCCUCUUCUCUCCACCAUUCUCUCCCCCAACCCCCAAUAAGCCGCAAGGAAAAGGCAAUAGCCGGUUGAAGUCGAGCUGCCUGCUGUCGCUGUCGUCGUUGCCCUGGCCGCCUGUCUGUAUCGCCAUCCCACCAACCCCCCCUCUUCCGCCCGCCCGCCCGCAACGGCGCAACCCUGGCGACGCUGUCGCUGCACUCGUUCGCAGGGCCCUUCGCGGGUGCCACGGCCACGCCCAAAAAGGCCUUUCACAGUCCGCCAUGGGCGACAAAGAUCCGCCGCCUUUUGGCUACACCUUCAGCGACGACUUCUUCGUCGGCCCCUCGUCGACCUUCGAUGCCGACGGCCAAUCACACGCACAAGGCCCGCCGCUGCUCAACGACACGGAGAACCAGUCGCUCGCCGAUUUCUUCACCAACACAGACCCUUUCCUGGUCACCGAGCCCGAGCCUUUGCCCUCGCCACUCAACUCCAAGGACGCACCCGUCUGGGACUACAACAACUGGAGCGACUUCAUAGCACCCGCCACCGUCCACCGCGUCACCACCACCAUCCCCGACCAAACCCACCUGCAACACCACAACUACUACCACGAACCCACCUUCCCCCCAACCCUGCUCGCAAACCACCUCGGCAGUACACAGGACGACCUACAGGCGGCUUCAACCCUGUUCAACAAUGCACAGCCGCCAUAUGCAAACAGCACCUCGCACGGCUAUCCCGAGCCGCCAGUGCCGCAGCCCACCAACACCACCGCCAGCAGCGCCCCUGGAUCGAGCCAGAACAACCGGCCCAUGGUCAUCACACCACAUGGCCCCCUACAUGAGCAGCUUGCCGCACUGCUACCUAAACACACCGAGAACGGCACUCUCGAUGCACAAUGGGCCGCCCAAUGGGCCGCCAACAGAGCGUCCGAGCAGUUGCAGCAGCUCGAAGCCGAGUACAGCACGACCUUUCAGAAACCCAACCUGAAGAGAUCGUACACAUUCGGCACAGACAGCUCUUUCAACAAUCCCGCGGGAUUCUGUGCAUCUCAAGACCAUGGGCACGAUGAUGCCACGAGGCGACAAUCGCAGCACGACCUCGAGCAUUCUCAGUUCCUGGUGAGAUCCAUUGUCGGCAUACCGGAGCCUGCCACACCUAUGCCGCCACAGCCAAUGCAUGCCGACGACGUGAGCGAGGAAGACAAGUCCGGACGUGGUACAUCAGACGACGAAAGCAGUGAUAAACCAGCCAAGAAACGCAGAAAGAGUAAAUAUCGAGUCGGCAAAGAAAGCCCUCGCAAGGCCCCACGGACUGGCAAACAUCGCAGAGCAGCCCUACUGGAAGACAACAGUAAAAAGAAGCGGGCUUCUGCGGCUGCACAGAAGCUACAGCGAGAGAAUCUUACAGAAGAGCAAAAGCGAAGUAACCAUAUUCUCUCUGAACAGAAGCGUCGAAAUCUUAUCAAGCGAGGAUUCGAUGAUCUUCACGAUCUUGUGCCUGAGAUUCGCAACGGAGGACUGAGCAAGAGCAGUGUCUUGACGGAGGCCGGUAACUUCCUCGAGAAGCUCAUGCAAGACAAUCACGCGUUCUGGCAGAUGGCUGGCGGUGCUACAACUGCCUCGCCUAGUUGA